AUGAGUUCUGAGAAGAGGUCUAAUGAUUCCCAAGAAGUUUCUGAUGCUUCAAUUAAGCGCCAGGACACUUCCACCAAGGGAAUAGCUCAGAUAAAAGCUGAAUAUAUUAUACCAUCGACAGGUCCAGCACAGACUAGAAAUGAAGCAAUAGAUACGGAAGAACAACCUAGUGAUAGAAUGCUUGUAGAAACUGGUGGUGGUAAAGGUAAAGGAAAGAAGAAGCGUGGUCAAAACAAGAAUAGGGAUAAUCGUCAAACGAAGGAAGAAAAUCCAUUGUGUCCCAAAUUUCUACAGGGGAAUCCUGAAUCAAGAGGUACUCAACCAUGCCCAUUCGGCGAUGAUUGUAAAUUUGUUCACGAUGUUCAAUUGUACCUUUCUACCAAAAAACCGGAGGUGGAAUCGCAAUUUUUCAAAGAAUGUCCAGUUUUCAAAUCGUUAGGUUAUUGUCCCAUGGGAUUUAAGUGUAGAUUUUUGGGUUCGCAUUUGAACAAAGAUCCGUUGCAAUUAGUGCAAUUAGAGUCAUCUGAAAGAGCUAAAUUGUAUGAAGCCAAUCAUGAAGUUAAUCAUAUCAGUUCUGAUCAAAAACUAGAUUUAGUCAAGAAAAGAUUCCUAUUCGAGAAAAGUGAACAGGUUCUUGAAAUUAUUGACGCAUUACAACGUGGAGCAUCAGAAGGUAAAAAUGAAGAAGAAAAGCCUAAAUCGGAUGAACCAAAGGCACCUCAAGUUUUACAGAGAGAGGAGGAACAAAGACUUCGUAGAGACCGCCAACGUGAAUUAUACAACCAAUACAAGGAUACAAGAUAUUUUGCUAGUGAAAAGAAAAAGUUGGACUUACAUCAUAAAAAAAUCGUAUCUCCUUUGACCACAGUUGGUAAUUUACCUUAUAGACGAUUAAUGCGUAAAUUGGGAGCAGACGUGACUUACUCAGAAAUGGCAUUAGCAGUUCCAUUGAUUCAAGGUACCAAUUCCGAAUGGGCAUUACCAAAGGCGCAUGUAUCUGAAUAUCCCGGAUUUGGUGUCCAAAUUGCAUGUUCCAAGGCAUGGCAAGCUGCAAAGGCUACUGAAGCCCUAGCGGCUCAUACUUCUCAAGUUAGCGAAGUUAACUUAAAUUGUGGUUGCCCCAUCGAUCUACUUUAUCGUCAAGGAUCAGGAAGUGCACUUUUAGAUAACCCUGCGCGUAUGAUUCGUUGUCUCAAUGCAAUGAGUUACGUAUCAGGCGAAAUUCCAGUUAGUGUGAAAAUCCGUACAGGUACCAAAGACGGACACCCUGUGGCCGGUCUUUUAGCACGCCGAUUAGUUAAUGAAACCGAUGUCGCUGCAAUGACACUACACGGACGUUCAAGAGCUCAAAGAUAUACAAAGAAUGCAGAUUGGGAUUACGUGGUACGAGUCGCAGAAGAAUUGCGUUCUUGUGAAGAUGAAUACGAUAGAGAAGGUCGUCAAAGAUCUCAAAGAAUUCAGUUCGUGGGUAACGGUGACGUUAAUAAUUUCGAAGAUUGGUACGCACAUGUAAACCGCAGUGAUGCAAUUGACAGUGUCAUGGUGGCAAGAGGUGCAUUAAUUAAACCAUGGAUCUUUGAAGAAGUUGAUGCUCAACAACACUUGGAUAAAUCAUCAACUGAAAGAAUGGAUAUCCUUAAGGAUUACAUACAAUUUGCAUUAGAGCAUUGGGGAUCAGACGAAUACGGUGUUGCUCAAAGUCGUAGAUUCUUUUGUGAAUUUAUGUCAUUUUUCCAUCGUUAUAUACCAAUGGGGAUUUGCGAGAAAUAUCCAGUUCAGCUAAAUGAACGUCCACCAAACUGGAAGGGUCGUGAUGAGAUGGAAACCAUGCUUGCCAGUCCAGAUGCUUCAGACUGGAUUAAAUUGAGUGAAAUGUUUUUAGGUAAGGCGGAGGAGAACUUUGUGUUUACUCCCAAGCACAAGAGUAGUUCUUAUUGA